AUGUCGGACAAGAAGAACGAAGACUACACCGUUCGCAUGCCCGACUCGGCAUACGGAGAGAAGGAUCCUUUCAUCCCGCCUCGCCCUGCGCGAGCCGCAUCCCACCACAACUCCGUCGCCUCGAAGCUCGCUAAGAUCGAGAACAACCCUACCGUCUCCAUCCUCGCUUACUGUCUAUCUUCCAUUAGUAUGACCAUCGUUAACAAAUACGUCGUGUCUGGCUCCGAGUGGAACUUGAACUUCUUCUACCUCGCGGUUCAGUCAAUCGUCUGUAUAGUAACGAUCGAGGCUUGCAAGCAAUUAGGCUUGAUCAAAAACCUCGCGCCCUUCGACAUCAACAAGGGGAAACGAUGGUUCCCUAUCUCCCUCCUCCUAGUGGGUAUGAUCUACACCGGCACCAAGUCGUUACAGUACCUUUCGGUCCCCGUCUAUACCAUCUUCAAAAACUUGACGACUAUUGUUAUCGCAUACGGCGAGGUUCUAUGGUUUGGAGGAAGCGUCACGCCCCUAGCUCUGCUUUCGUUCGGUCUUAUGGUCCUCAGCUCCGUCGUUGCGGCGUGGGCCGACACCCGCAGUGCUAGUCAGACUGCCGAAGCCGCCGCAGCACUCGCUACCCUGAACGCCGGUUACGCCUGGAUGGGGCUCAACGUCUUCUGUACUGCAUCCUACUUGCUUAGCAUGCGUAAGGUCAUCAAGAACAUGAACUUUAAGGACUGGGACACUAUGUUCUACAACAACUUCCUUACCAUCCCUGUCCUCCUUAUCUGUUCCCUGCUUGUCGAAGACUGGUCCAGUGCGAACCUGACCAAGAACUUCCCCCCCGAGUCUCGAAAUGCCCUCUUCGUCGGCAUGGUUUACUCUGGCAUGGCUGCCAUCUUCAUCUCCUACUGCUCUGCGUGGUGUAUCCGAGUGACAUCCCCGACUACCUACUCGAUGGUUGGAGCCCUCAACAAGCUUCCGAUUGCCGUUAGCGGUCUCAUCUUCUUCUCCGCGCCCGUCACCAUCGGAAGUGUCUCAGCGAUCUUCAUCGGCUUCGUCAGCGGUAUCGUGUAUGCUUGGGCGAAGGUGCGGCAGUCUCAAGUGGCCAAAAACUCUCUACCCAUGACACAGCCUACCAUGAGCGCGAGCUCGCAGAGCAACCGCGAUGCCGCCAACUCAUAA